UCGCGCCAAAAGUGACACUUCACCAGCCAUCGUCAUCUCAUCACACAAGACAUAACCACAAAAUUGAUUAGUGCAGCAUCUUUUUUAUUGUUUUUAGUUUCUAGUCUUUCGUAAAGAUCUUCUUGUGUUCUGUUGUAGAGGUUAGUUUGAUUUUUAUCAACUAUAUCAUAAAUUUCUUACCAAAUUAUUGAAAUAACUAUUCAAAUUGCAAAUAUUAUCAUGCUUUACAGUAUCGUAGAGUGAAGACUGAUAAAAUCAGGACUCAUCCAAUUAAUUUGUAUGUUGUAUAUUACUGGAUUUGUUACAAUAAACUUCUAUGGCGCCUAUUCAAACUAAGAUUCCAUUUGGUGCCAGAAAGAAAGCAACAAAGUUGAUCCCUAAAACUAAGUUUGAAAAGGAAAACUGUGCAAAGAAUCCUGAUUUUUCACCAAAGAAGGCGAUUUUGAACGAGGAUGAGAAGAAAAAUAAUAGAUUACUUCUCGAAGUAAACUCUCCAUCGAAAAGGAAAUUCACAGAAUGCUCGAUCUCUGACAGUCAAAACUAUGGAAUGAGUCCAGCCAAACGAGGAAAAUCAACACCUAGUACUCUGCUCAGUAAGCUGUCUCUGACAAGUCCAUCUAGAGAUAGCCCUUCUCGAAAACGAUUGUUUCCUGAUGAGAAGAACGAUGAUUAUCAGGAAGCAGUACGAGCUCUCCACAGCACAGCACCACAGUCGCUUCCAUGUCGAGAUGACAAAAUUAGCCACCUUCGUCAGUUCCUCGAAUCUAGUCUGAAUGAAAGAAAAUCCGGAACUUUGUACAUUUCUGGUCCACCUGGAACGGGAAAAACAGCUUCACUCAACUUCAUUUUAAACACUUCUGAGAUAAGGGAGGAGUUCAAAGUAGUCUGUAUAAAUUGUACAUCUAUCCGCUCACAAACAGCACUCUAUAACAGGAUAAGCGAAGAGCUAGGAAUUCAGGUUUCUGCUCCCAGAACGGAAAGAAAACUGUUGGCAGCGAUUGAAAAAUACAUCACAAGUAGUAAAAAAAUGACACUUUUAAUCCUUGACGAGCUGGACCAAUUGGAGAGCAAAAACCAGUCGUUGUUGUACACUGUUUUUGAAUGGCCUUCGCUAGCGAAAUGCCAACUUGUGCUGAUCGGCAUUGCCAAUGCUCUGGACCUGACUGACAGAAUGCUGCCACGACUGCAGGCGCGCUUGCAGCUCAAGCCGCAGCUGCUUCACUUCCCACCCUAUUCCAGAGUGCAGAUCAUUGAAAUCAUCAGCCAUCGCUUGAAAGAGGCAGGCGUUGACAAAAUAUUUCCUCAAAAUGCUUUACAGCUUCUGGCUAGUAAAGUGGCAGCCAUGUCAGGAGAUGUGAGACGAGCAUUCGACAUGGCGCGCAGGGUGAUAGAGCUUUCUCACGAACAGUCCAACAUAGGUGACGACAAGAAGCUGAAUGGAGUGACUCUUACUCAAGUCAUGAAUGUUGUGAGCAAUGUCUAUGGAACUUCGCAAUCGUUGAGCAAAAAUGACGAUGAUAAUUCCGAGAGCUUUCCUCUGCAACAGAAGUUGCUUCUCUGUUCAGUCUUAUUGCUAAUGAAACAGGGAAAGAUCAAAGACAUCACUGUUGGAAAGUUACAUGAAGCUUAUACCAAAGUAUGUGACAAGCGGAACCUGCAAGCGGUAGACAUAUCGGAAUUGAUAUCGUUGAUUGGUUUGCUGGAGUCCAGAGGUGUUCUCAAACUGCAAGGCAAAACUAAGAAUAGACUGUCCAAGAUUAAUCUUCAGUGGGAUGAAAAGGAAAUGGUUUCAACUCUCAAAGACAAGAAACUGUUGGCCGCUGUUUUGGAAGAUAAGUUUUAACUAGCUUUUAAUGGUAAUUGUUGUGUUUGCUUUGAUUACUUUUUAUUGUUUUUAUUUAUGACUGAAUAUUUAGGUAAGGAUUACAAGUAAUGUAGUACAUUAUUUUAUAGGUGAUAUUAUGACAAGGGAUUUCCUCGCUUUGAUAGAUGAGAAUUUCACUGAUUCAUAAAUUCUCAAUUUUACUGUAGAUUUUUGUAAGAUAACAUUUUUAUAUUUUGUAGCAGUUUCAAUAUUAGUUCAGUAAUACAGUAUCAUAAAUAGUUGACCAUAAGAUUUCGUGUAAAUACAGUCAACUACCAUACUUAAUACAAGUACCAGUUGAAUAAGAAACCCCUUUCCAUUUUCAAUUCGAUAAUCAUAUCCAAAGUAUCUUGCAACUUGUUUUAAGCUGUUUUAAUAAAAAUGAAAAAAAUAUUCACUAUUUUAAUAAUUUGUUUUGAAUCGAAAUCUACUCUUUUUUGCUUGUGAUUAUAAAAAUAUUUUCCGAUUUUUAUUUGCAAAUUCAAUUCAUAAUAUUUUUACAAAUGAAUGUAAUAUGCUUUAUUUAUUGUAUUACGAAAAGCGUUAAAAGUAAUUUGUUGGUUUUAAACCCAUGCUAUAAUUCAGGUAAUUCAAAUUAUUUGAAAAAUAUGACUUGUGUGUUGAGAUAUUAUUUUGUCUUUUAUUGUAGUAGCUGACUGAGUAGAAGUCUGAAUCAUGAAUGAUUCAUAACUGUUGACAAAAAUUCAGUUUAAAUAAUUAUUGUUGUAAUACUACUCUUUUGAUAUUAUUGAAGCUACUCUUUUGAUAUUAUUGAAACUACUCUUUUGACAGUUAUAUAUUCAAAAUGCUGUUUUCAACUUAUGGUAAUAUUAUUUAUUUAUGGAAAUGAACUGCCAUAAGAAAUGUUUUGUAUUUUUCUUAUUAAAUUUUAAAUGUAUACACAGUAUUAUACUUACGAAAUAUUUUUUAUGUAAGUCCUCAAACAAGACUAAUAAAGUGCCUUCAAUUCGAUAAAA